AUGACUACUAUAAUCCUCUUUAUUUUCUUAAAUGUAUUCAAUUUUUCUUUAACAUAUAAUUGUUAAGGAUAUACUUCCAAAUCAUUUAUAAGAGGUCAUUACAGGGAUGUACUAUCAGAAUAAAAUGGUGGUUUGUUAGAGAAUGCUCGCUAAAUUUAUUUUUAUGGUAAUGGAGAUUUAAAAAGUCCUUUAAAAAACAAUCUUUACUUUUCAUAAGAUAAUUUAUUAUAUUUUGGUCAUGCUAGGUGUGAUCGCAAUGAAUUUAUGAUUUUUCCAUCAACAUAGGCCUAUUAGAUUAACACUAUACGUAUUCGGUUUUGGGAUUAUGACACUAGAAUUCAUAAUUUUUAAGUUUACUGCGAUGAGGUAAAAAUAUAUGAAGGUUUUGCUUAAGGAGUGCUCAUAAUAAAAUUUUCCGAUCGAAUAGUAUAAAAAGUUAGAAUUAAAUCUUUGGGUAAUUCAAUUAAUGGUCAUAUGUCAAUCGUAAAAGUUUAGGCCUUUUAUUAGCUCUGA